AUGCCAAGAAAGGCCAAAGAUGUAGCAGGAGCUCUCGGAGUCCUCUCCUUUCGUAGCACCGACGUGUUCAAUGACUUUGGCGAGCAAGGGUGGGCAGCGUAUGCUGUCGCACUUGCGCCCCUCUCCGACCCGGUGGGUUGGAACGCGUGGCUGCCGCCUCGGCCGCAGUUCUUGGGGGCCGCUGUCAGCACCGGCAAGGACGGCACCGGCAUUGGCACCACCACCUUCAUCGGCCGUCAAGAUCAAGACAGCCGCCGCCUGCUUCUCCACACACCCGCCAGCAAGAUCCGAGCCCAAGAUGGCGGCGAUAGUCUUCCCAAGAAGAUGCUCGAGUCCGCCGCGACGUCGUUCGCCUCCAUUCUCGUCCUUGCUGUCGGCUUCGCAGUGGCAGGCUAUGCUUACCACAAGACGUACAAGCGCAUUGUCCUGAAGAAGAUGACCCGCGCCUUCACGCCUGGUGACCCCGUUCUUGAGCUGGCCGCUAUUGGGAAGGAAGUGCCGCAAACCUCCGCCGAGGCCGAUGAUCGGUGGGUGCAGCGGCCAGAGCAGGCACGCGUCGAUAGAAUUAUCGACGGGUCAGAGGCUGGGCACUACUUUUUGCUCAUGGGCGAGAAGGGGACUGGCAAGAGCAGCAUGCUGAUCGAGGCCAUGCGUAAAAUCGACGGCGAAGGCGUGGCCAUGUUUGAGGCCCACGCAGACUUGGAAAUUGUGCGCAUACGCCUCGGCAAGGCCCUCGACUUUGAGUUCCAUGAGGAUUACAUUGGCGGUUACUUCAGCGAACGCGGUCCUCGCGACACAACGGCUCUGUUGGAUAUCGAACGUGCCCUUAACAAGCUUGAAAAAGUUGCUCUAGUCAAUCGUGAAACGCGAAAGAAGCCCCUGGUUGUCAUCAUCAACCAGAUGCACCUGAUCCGCGACGAUGACGAUGGCAAGGACUUGAUCGAACUUCUUCAACAACGUGCCGAACAGUGGGCGGCGUCCAACCUCGUGACCAUGGUCUUCAACACGGAUGACUACUGGGUAUACGAGCGAUUCAAGCAACUGGCUACGCGUAUGGAGAUUAUGUCGGUGCGCGACCUGCCCAAACGCCAAGCCAUCGCAGCUCUCGCAAAGUACCGCAUGAAAUACUUCAACGAGAAAUUGAGCCCAACGAGACUUGAGGAGGUAUAUGACCUCGUGGGCGGCCGACUCUCGUUCUUGAACCGCGUUGCCAAAAGCAGAGAUAUGAUUGCUACGUGCAAAUCCAUCUGUGAGGUCGAGAAAACAUGGUUCCUCAACCAGUGCUGGAUUCUCGGCGCCGAGAUGGACGACGAUGUGAUGGACCAGCAGAAGUGGGCUGCCGGCGCUAUGGUUCUCGCUCAAGCCCUCGUAGAUGAGGAAGAAGACAUGGAGCUGUACGACGACGAAAAGGGUCACGUACUGCCCAGGUUCCCGAUGCACAAGGCGCAGCAAAUCAUGACGCGUGCCGACUUCAUACGUGACAUGGACCGGCUCAACCUGUUUAGUAUCGCCGCCAAUGCUGAGGUCCGCGCCUCAUCUGUACCGAUGCACCGCGCGUUCCAAGAGAUCUGCGCCGAGAAGGGCUUCCGGGAUCAUCUGGAGGCUACGAUCCAGCGUAUCGGUGACAUUGAGUCCCUUGGCCGCACGCGCGAGCUUGUCGCCAAGGACCUUGUCCUCGGUGGCAAGUACCAGAUUGCUCGUGACGGCAAAAACGGUGUUACCGUCAAGCUUGUUGAGGGUGAAGAUUGA